AAUAGAGACUGCUAGAUUCCUAAGGUCAAGGUUAGGGGUGAGGGUGUUGAUGGGUUAAUGCUGACUACUAUCCAUACAUGGAUGCAUAUUAAUUCCCAACUGGGGACUCAUUGUCCAAUAGAAUAUGCUUAUCGUUCAAAGCCUCCUCGCUCUGCUGUUAUUUUUUGUUUUUAAACAUUAGGUCACACUUCACUUUGCUAAGUGCAAAUUUUUUUUUUAUAUUCAUCUUACUUAUUUGGAAGAGUUACAGAGAGAGGUAGAGAGAGAGAGAGAGAGGUCUUCCAUCUGCUGGUACAUUCCCCAGAUGGCUGCAAUGGCCAAUGCUGAGCCAAUCUGGAGCCAGAAGUUUCUUCCAGGUCUCCUACGUAGGUGCUGGGACCCAAGGACUUGGGCCCUCUUCUUACUUUCCCAGGCACAUUAGUGGGGACCUGCAUUGGAAGUGGAGCAGCCAGGACUUGAACCAGCGCACAUAUGGGAUGCCAGCUCUGCAGGCCAGGGCUUUAACGACCUGUGCCACAGCACUGGCCCCUAAAUGCAGGUUUCCAUAUAUACUGCUUUACACAGACUAUUUUUGAGAAAGAUCAAAUAAGCAACCUGAGAACCAUUCAGAUCUUACUUUGACUUUUUCAAAUUGAAUAUGUGAGUACAUGCCAAAUUGCAAUGUAACCAAAUAUUUCUGGGACAUUAAGGAAUUCAAGGAUGAGAAAACAGGUCUGCCCUGUGGCUGAGGCUUCUAUUUUACUUAGGCCCCAGAGCUCCUCAGCUGGUGGUCUCCCCUUCAUUAUUGAGCCACUGUGUAAAGUGGAGUGACUGAAUCAUAGAGCAUGGCCUGGGCUUCUAACAAUUCUCAAGCUGCUUUCCUUUCCAGAGGUGUUUUUUCAAGAAUGUGCUAUGAAAGUGGUUAGCAUUUAGCAGCAUUAACAAUUGUGAAUAUGGGCAGUAUUUCUCUUAAGGCAGGUAUUAUUUAUACUUAAGGCUAGGGUGGAUGUGUGGUGCAGAAGCUGACUUAUUGCUUGGGACACCCACAUCCUGUAUCACAAUGCCUGGGUUUGAGCUCUGCUCUCAAUCCCAGCUUCCUGCUUAACAUGUACUGUGGGAGGCAACAGAUGAUGGCUCCAGUACUUGAGUCCCUGCCACUCAUGGAAACCUAGAUUGAAUUCUGGGUUCCUGGCUUCAGUCUGGCCCAACCCUGGCUGUUGGUUUAAGCUGCUGCUUGCAAGGCAGGCAUAGCAUAUCAGAGUGUCAGUUGAGUACAAGCUGCUCCGCUUCUGAUACGGCUCCUAGCCGGUGCACCUGGUCAGGCAGCAAAUAAUGGGCCCUGCCAUCCACUUGGCAGACCUGGAUGGAGUUCCUGGCUCCUGGCUUCAGCCUGACUCAGAUCCAUUUGGGGAGUGAACCACUAGAUGGAAUAUAUGGCUCCUGUUCUUGCUGUGCCUCUCACCAACCCUCCCUCUCUGUUACUGUACCUUACAAAUCAAUAUCUUUAAAAAAAAUUAUGUAGGAAAGUCACCCUUUUUGAAACAAUUAUUGGAGAGACAGAAUUCUCAACUGCUGGUUCACAUUCAAUGCAUGUAAUGACCCAGCUGGGUCAGGCCAAAGGAAGAAGCCAGGAGCUCAAUCCAGGUGUCCCAUGUGUGUGGCAGGGACCCAGUUUCUUGAAUUACCUACUGCCAGGAAGCUAGAAUCAGGAGCAGAUCUAGAACUUGUACCUAGGUGCUCUAAUAUCGGAUGUGAAGCAUCUUAACUGGCAUCUUAACCACCUUGCCAAAUACCUGUCUUGGCUUGCUCUUGUGUGCUUUUCUACUAAUUUUGAAACAGAUGAAUUUAAAUAACCAAACAGAAUACAAAACAGUUCCAUCACCUAAAGAAACUCCCAAUUCUUCACUCUUUAUAGUCACAGCCCCUCCUUGUUCCUAACCCCAGUGUGUUCUCCAUCCCUACAGCAUUGUUUUUACCGAAUAUAAAUAUACAAUCAUAUAGUAUGUAGUCUUGUGUGACUGGCUUCAUCUAUGUUGUGGCAUGUAUUAAUACCGUAUCUUGACCAGCACCGCGGCUCAAUAGGCUGAUCCUCCGCCUGCGGCACCGGCACACCAGGUUCUAGUCCCGGUUGGGGUGCCAGAUUCUGUCCCAGUUGCUUCCAGUCCUGCUCUCUGCUGUGGCCCGGGAGUGCAGUGGAGGAUGGCCCAAGUCCUUGGGCCUUGCACCCGCAUGGGAGACCAGGAGAAGCACCUGGCUCCUGGCUUCGGAUCAGCGCAGUGCGCUGGCUGCAGCGCGCUGGCCGCAUCAGCCAUUGGAGGGUGGACCAACGGAAAAGGAAGACCUUUCUGUCUCUCUCUCACUGUCCACUCUGCCUGUCAAAAAAAAAAAAAAAAACUAUCCCUUUUUAUGACAAAAUAACAUUCCAUUUUACAGAUAUAUCACUUUUCUUAUACAUUGAUCAGUUAAGUGACAUUUGUAUUGUUUCCACUUUGUGGAUAUUUGGAUGAUGCUGGUAUGGCCGUUCACAUACAAGUUUUUUGCAGACAUGCUCCCAUUGUCUCAAGCAUAUACCUCAAAGUGGAAUUCCUGAGAUAUACGAUAACUCUGCAAAAGUUCACCAGGACUGCACGAUUUACCCUCUCUGAGCAAUAUAUUAUGACAAUUGCAGUUUCUCUACAUCUUCAUGAACACUUGCUGUGGUUCAUCAUUUUGAUUACAGCAAACCUAUGACCAUGAAGUGAUAUCAGUUAGGGUUUAAAUUUGCAUUUUCCUGACACUGUGGUCUAAAGGUUUAUUUCUGCCCCUUCCCCAAAUCCAUAUGUUGAAAGCUAACUGCCAGACUGAUGGAUGGGCCUUUGGGGAUGAUUAGGGUAUAAGGAUGGAGCCCUCAGGAAUAGGAUUAUUUUUCUUAUGAAUGAGACCCCAGAGACCUGAGGACACAGCAGUCAGAGAAUCACAUCACUGUCGGCUGGCUUCCUGAUGUUGGAAGUCCCAGCCGCCAGAACUGUGAGAAAGGUCUGUUGUAUGUAAACCACCCAUCCUAUGUUUGUGUUGUUACAGCAGCAAAUGCACACUUGAUGACUGAUAAGCUGAAACAUCCUUUUUUGUGCUUGCGAGCAAUGUCUAAUAAGAUUCUGUAUUCGUUUAGGGACAGGUGUUUGCCUCAGCAGUUAAGACACUGCCUGAGAUGCCUGUAUCCCAUAUGCCUGGGAUGGAGUCCCAGAUUGUCUCUGCGUUCCAGCUUCCUGCUAAUGCUGCUGAGAGGCAGCAGGUGAUGGCUCAAGUACUUGGAUCCCUGCCACCCUCGUAGGAGACCCAGAGAGAGGCUCCUGGCUUCAGCCUGUCCCAGCCCUGGCUGUUGUGCACUUUUAGAAGGGUGGAUCAAUGGAUGAGAGGUUUCUGUCUCUCUGAAUUUCAAAUAAAUAAAAAUAAAUUUUUAAAAAUUGAAAUCUUUAUACAUAAGUUUGUAGCAUUUUUUAGAGAUUUCACAUAAAAUUUGCCUUUUUUUUUUUUUUUUUUUGACAGAGUGGACAGUGAGAGAGAGAGACAGAGAGAAAGGUCUUCCUUUUUCCCGUUGGUUCACCCUCCAAUGGCCGCCACGGCCGGCACGCUGCGGCCGGCGCAACACGCUGUACCGAUGGCAGGAGCCAGGUGCUUAUCCUGGUCUCCCAUGGGGUGCAGGGCCCAAGUACUUGGGCCAUCCUCCACUGCACUCCCGGGCCACAGCAGAGAGCUGGCCUGGAAGAGGGGCAACAAAAUUUGCCAUUUUUUAAAGACCUAUUUAUUUAUUUGAAAGGCAGAGUCAGUUCUUCCAUCUGCUGGUUCACUCCCAGAUGGUCAACAGCUGGGGCUGGGCCAGGCUGAAGCCAGAAACUCCAUUUGGUUCUCCUAGGCGGGUGCAGGGGCCCAAGGACUUCAGCCAUCUUCUGCUUUCCCAGGCCACAGCAGAGAGCUGGAUCGGAAGAGGAGCAGCACCUAUAUGGGAUGCCAGCACUGCAGGUGGAAGCUUAGCCCACACUGUAGCGCUGGCCCCUCUUAUCAUCCUAAUGGCAUCUUUUUUUCAAGAUUGAUUUAUUUUUAUUUGAAAGAGUUAUGGAGAGGCUGAGGCAGAGAGAGAGAGAGGUCUUCCAUCCACUGGUUCACUCCCCAGAUGGCCACACAGCUGAGGCUGAGCUGAUCCGAAGCCAGGAGUCAGGAGCUUCUUCCAGGUCUCCCAUGUGGGUGCAGGGGCCCAAGGACUUGGGCCAUCUUCCACUGCUUUCCCAGCCCAUAGCAGAGGGCCAGGUUGGAGGUGAAGCAGCCAGGACUUGAACCGGCCCCCCUUAAUAACAUCUUUUGUAGAAAAGUUAUUAAGGAAGCCAAACAUGUUAAUUUUUUUUCUUUCAUGGAUUGUGCUUUUGGUAUUUAAAAAGUCACUGCUGGGGCUGUUGUUUGGUGCAGUAUUUAAGUACUGCCUGAGACAUCCACAUUCCUAAUCAGAGCCCGGUUCCAGUCCUGGUUAAUCGCAGGCAUUUAGGGAGUGAACCAGCAGAUGGAAGAUCUCUAUGUCUCUGGCUUUCAAGUAAAAUAAAAAUAAAUGCAAAAAAUUUUUUUAAAUUUUAAUUUGCAAGCUCAAAGUAACCUAGUUUUUUUUCUUUUGUCAUCUUCCUGAAGACUUAUACAUUUUUUUUUUUAAAAAAGGUUUGUUUGUUUAUUUGAAAGGCAGUUACAGAGAGGCUGAGGCAGAGAGAGAGAAGUGUUCAUCCGCUGGUUCACUCCUCAGAUGGCUGCAGUGGCCAGAGCUGGGCCAAUCGAAACCAGGAGCCAGGAGCUUCUUCCAGGUCUCCCACGCAGGACCAAGGACCUAGGCCAUCUUCUGCUUUCCCAGGUCAUACCAGAGAGCUAGGUCGGAAAUGGAGCAGCAGGAACUUGAAUCGGCAGGCAUAUGGGAUGCCAGCAUUGCAGGUGGUGUUCUUACCCGCCACGCCACAGUGCCGGCCCCAUUGAAGUCUUAUACUUUUGCAUUAUUUAUUUAGGUCUAUGAUCUAUUUUGAGUUAAUUUUGUGAAAGACCUUAAGAUUUACAUCUAGGUUCUGGGUUCUUUUUUCUUUUUGCUUGAGGAUAUCCAGUUGCCUUUCUCCAUGGAAUUGCCUUUGCUGUUUUUUUUUUUUUUUUAAGAAAUCAGUUGGCCGUGUUUUGUGUAGAUAGAAUGGAUAGUUUAUUCUGUUCCCAUUGAUCUGUCUCUUCUCUUGCCACCAUCACAUCAUCUUGAUUACUGUAGCUUUAUAGUAAGUCUUAAAGUUGGAUCAUGUCAGUCCUUAAAUUUUUUUCUUUUUCAGUAUUGUAUUGGCUAUUCUGUGUCUUUGUUUCAUAUAAACUUUAGAACCAGUUUAUUGAUAUCCACAAAAUAACUUGCUUUGAUUUUGAUUGAGAUUGCACUGAAUCUAUAUAUCAAUUUGGAAGGAAGUAACAAUAUUGAUUUUUUCAAUCCAUGAAUAUUAAAUAUCUUUCUAUGUAGACCUAUUUGUUUUUUAUUUUCAUUGUGUUUGAAAGAACAAAAGACAGAGGCAGACAAAUGCCUGCAAUAGCCUGAGCUGCACCAUGCAGAAACUCCAUCCGGUCUCCCACCAUCAUUUGCAAGUAGAUACAGUUUUAUUUCUUCUUUCCCAAUCUAUCUUUUUAAAAUCUCAUUUACUUGUCCUGUUGAAUUAGCUAAGACUUCAAUACGAUGAAUAGGAGAGGACUUCCUCCUCAUUCUGAUCCUAGGGGGAAAGCUAGUUUCUCAACAUUAAUUAACUAUAAUACUAGUUAUAUAGGAUUUUGAUUUUUUUAAGGUAGAUUUUCAUUGUCAAAUUGAGUGAGCUUCCCUCUGUCUAUUCUGAGUGUAUUGAGAGCUUUUAGCAUGAAUGGAUAUUGGAGUCUCUGAGACAUUUUAAUGUGAAAUGCUUGGGCCACAUCUAGAGAAAGAUGCUGGAAAGAUGUGUGGAUUUAUGUAAGCAUCUAAUUCCUAAGAGACAGGAAUGCACUGGAGAAUGAGCACAGAAUCAGGGGCCAGCACAGUGGGUUAAAGCCCUAGACUGCAGCGCCAGCAUCCCAUAUGGGUGCCAGUUCGAAUCCCGGCUGCUCCCCUUCUGUUCCAGCUCCCUGCUGAUGUGCCUGGGAAAGCAGCAGACGAUGGCCCAAGUGCUUAGGUCCCUACACCCACGUGGGAGAAGGUCUUGACUCCUAGAUUUGAAUCAACCCAGCUCUGUGCAGCCAUUUGGGGAGUGCACCAACAGAUGGGAGACUUCUCUCUCUCUCUCCCUGCCUCUCUGUAACUCUGCCUUUCAAAUAAAUAAAUCUUAAGAAAGAAAACAAAGCGGAGAGUGCUGUAUUGCCCUUGCUGUCUGGGCACAGUAAGAAAACUCAGGAAAGGAUGUGUCCUGCGGCUUCUGUUCUUUGGAACCACCUGGAGUGGUGUAGGCUCAGCAGCACCCUUAGCUGGAGGAGAGAGCUGGUGUGGCACGGAUUACCUGGCCCCUCCCUGGGCGGGACCCAGGCAGUGGUGGCAGAGCUGGGGACAGAUACCCACCUGAGGCCAUUGCCCUGUGCAAGUUCUGAGCCCUGCACCCCUGUUCACUCCAAGCCCCCACUAUGGCCCUGAGCUGAGCUGCCUGUCGCUUUACAGAAUUUGAAUAAUUUAGGUCCCAGAAGCCUGAGGUGUCAAUUUCAGUUGCUCUGUUACCAUGGGCACAGGAUAGGCAGGGGAGGAGCUGUUCUGUGCCUCAGACUGACUGCUCAGGGCUGAUAAGAGUCCCCUGCCCCCUGUUCUGCUGAGACAGCCCCAGGCUCACCUGGAGCCCCGGUAUGGGAAUGGAGCAAGGCAGUGAGGCAGAGAGUAGAAAGUGAAGGGAGAGUGCAAAGAGGCAGAGAGGAAGGUCAGAGUCAGGGGAGCAGAGAGCAGGACAGAGUUGCCGAGGGAAAGACGACCGUGACAGUAGCAGGGGAUAGAGACAGAGGCCAGCAGAUGCCAAGGAUCAGAUAGUGACAGAGGAGGGUCAGAUAACUGGAAGGGCCACAAGACGCUCAGUUGUACUUUUGACUUCAGGUACUGUGCGCUGGGCCUGAUGCUGCACUAGGUCCAGCCAGGAGGCCUUACGCCCAGAGACCUGCCCCACCUCUUGCUGUGAAGGGCCAUGGCGCCUGGGAGCCACCACCUCAACCUGGGCCUCCUGCUCCUGCUCCUUCUCCCUCCAGAGUGCCAGGGAGCUGAGGGCAGGCUGGCUCACAAGCUGUUCCGUGACCUCUUCGCCAACUACACAAGUGCCCUGAGACCUGUGGCAGACACAGACCAGACUCUGAAUGUGACCCUGGAGGUGACAUUGUCCCAGAUCAUCGACAUGGACGAGCGGAACCAGGUGUUGACGCUGUACCUAUGGAUCCGGCAGGAGUGGACUGAUGCCUACCUGCGGUGGGACCCGGAUGCCUAUGGCGGCCUGGAUGCCAUCCGCAUCCCCAGCAGGCUCGUGUGGCGGCCAGACAUCGUGCUCUACAACAAGGCGGACGCGCAGCAGCCAGCGUCGGCAAGCACGAACGUGGUGUUGCGGCACGACGGCGCCGUGCGCUGGGACGCGCCGGCCAUCACGCGCAGCUCCUGCCGCGUGGACGUGGCCGCCUUCCCAUUCGACGCGCAGCGCUGCGGACUGACGUUCGGCUCCUGGACGCACGGCGGGCACCAGCUGGACGUGCGGCCGCGCGGCGACGCCGCCAGCCUGGCCGACUUCGUGGAGAACGUGGAGUGGCGCGUGCUGGGCAUGCCGGCGCGGCGGCGCGUGCUCACCUAUGGCUGCUGCUCCGAGCCCUACCCCGACGUGACCUUCACGCUGCUGCUGCGCCGCCGCGCCGCCGCCUACGUGUGCAACCUGCUGCUGCCCUGCGUGCUCAUCUCGCUGCUCGCGCCGCUCGCCUUCCACCUGCCGGCCGACUCGGGCGAGAAGGUGUCCCUGGGCGUCACCGUGCUGCUGGCGCUCACCGUCUUCCAGCUGAUCCUGGCCGAGAGCAUGCCCCCGGCGGAGAGUGUGCCGCUCAUCGGGAAGUACUACAUGGCCACUAUGACCAUGGUCACAUUCUCAACAGCGCUCACCAUCCUUAUCAUGAACCUGCAUUACUGUGGUCCCAGUGCCCGCCCAGUGCCUGCCUGGGCUCGAGUCCUCCUGCUGGGACACCUGGCACGAGGGCUGUGCGUGCGGGAACGAGGGGAGCCGUGUGGGAAGUCUCGGCCGCCAGAGUCGCCCCCUAGCCCACAGCCACCUGAGGGAGGGGCCAGCUCACAAGGAGGCCCUUGCCAUGAGGCACGGUGUCUAUGCCGCCAGGAAGCCCUGCUGAGCCACGUGGCCACCAUUGCCAGCACCUUCCGCAGCCACCGGGCUGCCCAGCGCCGCCAUGAGGACUGGAAGCGCCUGGCUCGCGUGAUGGACCGCUUCUUCCUGGGCAUCUUCUUCGGCAUGGCCUUGGUCAUGAGCCUCCUGGUGCUGGUGCAGGCCCUGUGA